GCCCGUCAUUAGAGUUGCCACCGAAAACGUCAGAUUUCUAAGACUUCACUUCUGGCCCCGAAUAAUGUAAAAUUCAGAAAUGUAAAUUUAUAAAUGCUACUUCGAAACCAGACCGACUCUUGCUCAACUGUUCAAGCUCCAGAGAGACGGCUGCCAUGGCAAAGGAGGACACAGGUGGGUCCAGCGCAGAGGCGCCUCCCGCCGAGUCGGAGGUUUCGGUGGGUCGCGGACCUCGUGUUGCCCCUCAGAGAGGCAGACCCUUCAACGCCGGAGGUGGAGAAGGUAGAGGAGGUGGCAGAGAAGGUGGUGGACCAAGUGGAGGCGGUCCCACCAGUGAAACCAGUUCGGAGGAGAUCCCUAGACGAAGCGACGGGAAUGAGAGUGUAAAAGACAUAAAGUCAAGGCAGCGGAAGCUGCUAAAUGAUCCCCGCUUCCAUAUCCGGCCAAUGCAGCAGGUGCUCUCGGCCUGCGCCGGAGCCAUGAUCACCGCCUGCUUCAUGACGCCACUGGACGUGAUCAAGACCAGGAUGCAGUCGCAGCAGUCGCCCUCGCACAAGUGCUUCUUCUACUCAAACGGACUGAUGGACCACCUCUUCGCCGGCGGUUCCGAUGGAGCCGCGAUGGGAAGUCUCCGGCCGCGACCCCAGUUCACCAGCACCUGGGACGCCCUGCUCAAGAUCAGUCGGUACGAGGGAAUUGGUGCCCUGUGGUCCGGCCUGGGACCCACCCUCGUCUCCGCCCUGCCCUCCACCAUCAUCUACUUCGUGGCCUACGAGCAGUUCAAGGCCAAGUACCUCCAGUUGUACGAGCGCCACGCAAAUGGGAAUGGAGCUGUCCACCUGAUUGGAAAGAGGGACACGAAAAUGGGUCUGCCGCCGGUGGUUCCCAUGAUGUCGGGGGUCACGGCUCGCAUUUGUGCGGUAACAGUGGUGAGUCCCAUUGAGCUGGUCAGAACCAAGAUGCAGGCCCAAAGGCAGACCUACGCCCAGAUGCUGCAGUUCGUCCGGAACGUGGUGGCCCUCCAAGGUGUCUGGGGAUUGUGGCGAGGCUUGCGACCCACGAUCCUGAGGGACGUGCCCUUCUCGGGGAUCUACUGGCCCAUCUACGAGUACCUGAAGCACAAUCUCAGCCAGAGUUCGCAGCCCUCGUUCAGCUUGAGUUUCCUGUCUGGCGUGUUGGCUGGAACGGUGGCCGCCAUCCUGACCACUCCCUUCGACGUGGUGAAGACGCACGAGCAGAUCGAGUUCGGGGAGAGGGUUAUAUUCACGGACUCGCCGGCGAGGGAUUUUGGCAAGAGAUCAACCUACAGCAGGCUGUCGGCCAUUUACGAGAUGCACGGCGUGAAAGGACUCUUUGCAGGAUGCGGACCAAGGCUUUUGAAGGUGGCACCUGCCUGCGCCAUCAUGAUUGCCACCUUCGAGUACAGCAAGUCCUUCUUCUUCUACUACAACGUGAGGCAGCACAACGAGGCCCUACUGUUGGGCAACCCGAACGCCACGCUGGUCGAGGAGGACGACAUCGACUAGGUGGGCGGAGGGAUUGCGCAGUCAAGUCGACUUCCUUUGUAAAUAAACAGCGCAUAUUUUAUGUAAA